GUUGUGAUUUCAGUCCGGAAGUAAUAACUUGUCGCCUGGUUGGUUCGGUUGUCAUAUUUGUAACUGCACACGGAACUAUUCAAAAUGAAUCCAUUGGAUUUCCUUGACGAAAACCAACUUCAAGUGUUUUUCCGAUGCAAUAAGACAGAAAUGUCUUGCAUGGAUAAGCCGCAAACAUUUUUAAACCAGCUGCGGGACCACAAGCUCAUUCUUGAGGAGAAAUAUAAGAAGAUGAUCCGUAUAAAGAGCAUAGACAAAAUGAAGACGAGUGUAUAUGAACUUCUGGACUGGAUCGAGACAGAGCGACCUCGGACCAUCAGGUUUUUCUGGACCUGCGUCUUCAAGGAGAUCAUCAUGACCCAGUACCCCACUCUGAAGCGGCUACGAGACAGCCUCCUCGACGGAUCCUUCCAGUUUUUUGAUGGAGAGGACAGCGACAAACAUACAAGGGGAGGACUCUCGGAAGAGGAGUACCCGGAGAAAGAGCGAGGGGGGAGAGGUAAACGUGGGAGUUUCUGCGACCGGGACGACCGGCAGGGGCACUCUUCUUCUCAGGCUUCUCCAAGGAAGAGGAAGCCAACCUUCGGUAUACUGUCCUUCACCACCAGGGGAGCCUCUCUGCCGAAGGGGGAAAAUGUGGAGAUCUGGACGUGGGCUCUAUACAAGCACCAUCUGCCUGUUACCUGUGGUGACGAGGAGGGGACGCUCUACCGCGACAAACUGGCAAAAGGAGAGCCGUGCAUCCUGAGGAGCAAGAAGUGGUACACACCCUGCGCGUUUGAGAAGCUUAGCGGCAAGCGCAGCUGCAAGAACUGGAAGACGAGUAUCCGUUGCAAGGACACCACGUUAGAAAAGCUAUUGAAGGACGGACACCUGAAAUGCCCGGGAUAUAAUAAGAGCAAGGCUAAGAAAUCAACGCUCCCCUGCAGCUCAAACACCGUUUCAGCUAUCUCUGAAAGCGAAGAAGAGAUGGACGAAGAGGAGGGGGAGGAGGAGGAGCUGCAGGGGAAUGAUUGCUCUACGCAGCGCUCCGAUACAGACCAAGGAGAUAAUCUGGAGGAAGUGACAGACGAGAGGCCCGGGGUCGGCCAGAAUGAGUUCAGAGUGAUAUGUGGAGCUCUGAGUGGGAUGCUGCACAAUAUCCGCUUUGCCUCAGGGAGGUGUGGGAACAGUAUUCGGACGGAGGACCGUUGGAUGAGUCCAGUGGAGUUCGUGGAGCAGGGUUCAGCAAUGCCUAACGCCCUCUGGAGGAGGGACAUCCAAUGGGAAGGACAGCCGCUCAGCAGUCUCAUUGAGAGGAAGAUGUUGCACUUACACUCUGAGCAGUGUGACUGUGCACUGUGCCAUCCAGACCCUCAAGCCCUGGAGGAACAGAAGAGCGAUGAUGAUUGCUUUGUGUGUGGGAGACUGGGUGACCUGGUGAUGUGUGACCACUGUCCACGCUCCUUCCACCAAAAGUGUCACCUGCCCCAGCUGGACCCCUCUAUACUGGGGGACGACAGUGCAUGGAUGUGUACGUUCUGCAUCUGGAAUAUGAAUGAGUAUCUCCCUCGAAUGACGUACGAAGAGACCCUCAUGCAUCCUGUCUCCAACCACAUGCUGCCGUGCCACUACCUGCUCCUGUCUCUCUACAAUGCAGACAAGGAUCAAAUUUUUGCAAAAGACCCAUGCAUCCAUGUGAGGGGAUACAGCUCUCAAAUCGUGACUCCUAUGUGGCUGGACAAGAUCACAGAGCUCCUGGGCCAGCAGUACACCGUUGGACAGUUAUUAACCGAUAUCCAACUCAUUUUCUCCAACUGUGAUAAAUUUAACCAGAAUAAACCAGAGUUCCGGGACAUGGGAAUCAAACUGAAAGAGUUCUAUGAACAAGUUGUAGAAAAGGUUUUUCGCAGGCAGUAGCAGAGAAAUGCAACGUGCUGAUGGACCUUGGACAUGCUAGAAUUAAAUGCGUGGAUCUGUCACUGUGCUGCGUUUAGCACGUUGAGGAACAAGGGAGUUUAGCAAUAAGAACGGGUGCUUGUCUGUGUGAAAGGCAUAACAUUCCUUACUUCAACAUUAAAUAACUUUUUAUAAUGUUCUGGCCUUUAAUGUAUAAAAUGAGGGCUGUCAAAUAUUAUCAAAUGGAAUGACACAUUAUCAUUAAUACAAAAUAUACUUAAUAAAUAAAAACUAGACCAAGUGA